UGCUAUAUUAAGUUAUCGCCCUCGAAGCAUGCCAGUCUUUGCUGCGCCUACGAGAUUGCGGCUCGUGCUGUUGUUUGUCAACACGCUGCAGAGACCCGGAGGGGAAUACACCAGCUGUACAAACUUUGGUGCUGCUGCCGCUCGUGCGACUUUUGGACUUGUACAGUACGCCUCGCUGUUGUCCUACAUGCUCAUCUCGUGCAUGCACUCUAUAGCAUGCGAGACCGCCCAAUAUCAGUGCUUACGAUCAGCGACGCAUGGUGCAAGACUCCUGAUGAAAUAAGGGAC